UUGUAUUUGAUUCUUUUUUUUUUUUUUUUAGCAAAGUAUUUGAUUCAUUUUAAAAAAGAAAAAAUAACAAAACUGAUAUAGUGGGACUGUCAAAUGAAAACCAAGAAGCAAAGGCGAGUCGACCGGAAAAGGAACGUUGAGAGUGGCCUUGUUAUUGUUGAUUGGAUCGAGGAUGAAGCGUUUGGUGGUAUUUGUUUUUCUUUUUGUUCAUUCUGUGCUCUUAAAUUUCUCGUCGCUUUCUUCCGCUGAGCUAUUCUCGGUGGAUGGCACGGUGUUGGAAUUGGAUGAAUCCAACUUCGACUCCGUCAUAUCGACUUUCGAUCUUGUCUUCGUUGACUUCUACGCUCCCUGGUGCGGUCACUGCAAGCGUCUCUCUCCCGAGUUAGAUGCAGCUGCCCCUGUACUUGCUGCCUUGAAGGAACCCAUUAUCAUUGCAAAAGUAAAUGCAGACAAGUUUACCAGCCUUGCAAAAAAAUAUGACGUUGAGGCAUAUCCUACUCUUAUGUUGUUCAAUAAUGGUAUCCCCACUGAAUAUCGUGGACCAAGGCAAGCAGAUUUACUUGUUCGUUACCUGAAGAAGUUUGCUUCUUCUGAUGUUUCCAUCCUUGAUUCAGAUUCUGCUAUCAGUGACUUUGUUGAAGCAGCUGGAACUUUUUUCCCCAUAUAUAUUGGUUUUGGGUUGAACGAUUCAAUGAUUGAAAAGUUAGCCCAAAAAUAUAAGAAAAAUGCAUGGUUUUCUGUAGCUAAAGAUUUUUCAGAGGAUGUUAUGGUAUUAUAUGAUUUUGAUAAGGUACCUGCUUUGGUUUCCAUUAACCCAAGUUACAAUGAGCGGAGCACUUUUUAUGGUCCAUUUGAAGAGGAAUUUCUGGAAGAUUUUGUUAAACAAAACCUGAUCCCUUUAGCUGUUCCUGUAUCCCAUGACACACUGAAGUUGAUGAGUGCUGAUGGGAGAAAAAUUGUUCUAACAAUUGUGGAGGAUGAAAACGAAGAAAAAACAAAGGAACUGAUUAAGUUAUUGAAGGCUGCUGCAUCUGCAAACCGUGACUUAAUAUUUAGUUAUGUUGGGGCUGCACAGUUGGAGGAAUUUGCAGAAAAAUUUGACACCAGCACUAAACUACCAAAGAUGGUCAUUUGGGAUGGAAGUGAUGAUUACCUUGCUGUUGUUGGGUCUGAAAGCAUAGAUGGGGAGGAUCAGUCGACCCAAAUAACUAAAUUAAUAGAAGGGUACAGAGAAGGCAAAACAUUACAGAAAAGAACUAGUGGCCCUUCACUGCUAAAAGUAAUCCAUAGAUCAUUCGACAUCAGAGUGGUUUACAUUUUUGUGUUUGUGGUGGCUGUAUUGAUGCUUAUUCAGACCUUGUACAAAGGAGACGAUGAUUAUGAGAGAGUGCCAAAUCAAGACCGGGGUGAUCAUGCUAGAAGCUCUGUCAUGGAGGGUCAAAGCAAAGAGUAUAAACCUGGAGACAAGCAAGAUUAAAUUAACACAUUGGCAGCCUACUUAAAACUGACCAGGGACAUUUCGCAGCAUAGCUUCUGGCUCUGGAAUCAACAUGCCUAUUGGGGAGCCUAGUAACUACGGAGAGGUUUUAAGUUUCCUUUUAGGGUGGCGCUGAAUAUCUCCAUUUUGAUGUGCCUACUUCUAUUAGUUCCUUCAUAGCCUCAAUGUGGCUUUACUUGUACAAUAUUGUGAUAUGUUCAGAGGCUGCUCUUCCCUCAAUGGCGGACAUUUAUGAGACCUGGAUGAUGGAUAACAGUUUUAAGCCCUUCAACUGCAGAUCGCAAGUUAUAAUGACUAUAGCUCGUUUAGUGACAAUGCGAUCACAAUUUCAUUGAAAACAUCUAAUGACUGCACCAUGUUUUCUGCUAGGGAUCCAUCCUCAAAUCUCGGUUAUUAUUUGUUUAUAUGGAAGCUAUGUUUUUUUUUUU